CCCAUUCUGCAAAUGGUGCUGCACCAGUUGAGUAGUCCUCGACUUAUGAUCGGCUGAGUAGUCCUCGACUUACGACCGGUUGGGGUCGCAGCAUUAAAAAGAUUGAGAACCACUAUCUUAGAGGUUCCAAAGGUAGAUGAAUCUCUGGCCCCACUAUUUUCGACUGCCAGUCUCCCGGCAGAUGUAUUGGACGCCCUUAAGGCAGAAGAUAAAAAAUCCGAAAUGGCCUUGUGCAAGGCACAUUUGGCAUCUGCCUGGGCAACUAAGGCAGCAACAGCCACUUCCUUCUUUGCAAGGAUCUCUAUUACCUGGCUUCGUCAGUUACAGAAGAGAAUUCCGCUGGAAGAAACCAGGAUCCAUCAGGAUUUGACCAAAUUAUUAGCCACAUCCGAGUAUAUGGCGGAUGUCUCCCUGUAUUCGGCCAAACAUUCAGCCCGAGCAAUGGCUUCCAGCGUAGUCGCUAGUAGGCUUCUGUGGCUAAAAAACUGGAGAGCCGAAAGCAAAUAUAAGUGGCACACGGCCACAGCCCCCUUCACGGGUAGCAGAUUAUUUGGGGAGGCCCUAACCCCAUAUCUCAUUGAGAACAAACAGAAACAAAAAGUCAAUUCUCAUGUAGCAAGGAGAACUACCAGAUGGUUCCUCCCUUACAAUCGCCGACAGUCCUUUAGGAUUGGGGCUGCAACAGUCUGCGCAACCAUACCGGCCACCAGCUCCUAAGCCUGAGGGCUCAUUCGAUAGGGCAGGUUAUAGGGACAGAACCAGGUACCAGCCACAAACUAAACAUUCCUUUUGUGGCAGAGGGGGUCGCCCCUUCCGUCGCGGAAAAUGACUCAGAGGCAACCUUUCCCAUUGGCGGCAGACUCACUCUCUUCAUACGCCAAUGGGAAAACACAACCACAGACUCCUGGGUUCUGCGCACUAUCAAAGAAGGCCUGUCCCUGGAGUUCAAAUCCAUGCCAUUAGAUCACUUCAUGUCUUGCCCAGCCAUGAGAAACCCUGUAAAAAGGGGGCUCAUGGAAGACACUAUCCAACACCUACUCACCAUCAAGGCAAUAGAGGAGGUUCCCCCGAAUCAGGCGGGGCUGGGAUAUUACUCCAUCCUGUUUGUAGUCCCAAAAUCCUCUGGAGGAUGGAGGGCAAUUCUCGAUCUCAAGGGACUGAACCUCCACCUUCAAUACAAGAGGUUCAAAAUGCAAAUGUCACAUUCCAUUUUAACCAGCAUCAGGCGGGGAGAUCUACUGACCUCAAUAGAUCUAAAGGAGGCGUACCUACACAUUCCUAUCCUCCCGGAUCAUUGCAGGUACCUGUGAUUCUGUUACCUCAACCGACACUUUCAAUACAAAGCCCUUCCGCCUCUCCUCAGCCCCCAGGAUUUUACCAAAAUCCUAGCAAUGUUGGCAGCUCACUUAAGGCUGGUCCCAGUACGGGUCCAGUGUUAUCUGGAUGACAUCCUGAUCCAGUCCCUGUCAGUGUCAGCCGCCCAGUCGGAUUUGGCCUUCACCAUAAGGACCCUGCAGAACCACGGCUCCCUAAUAAAUUUCAAAAAGAGCCAGAUGACUCCCUCUACCUGCCUGCUUCAUCUGGGAGCGGUGAUAGACAUGGACUCGUGCCUCGUGUACUUGUCAAGAGAGGCGCAGGAGCAUCAGAGACCUGGCACGCAGGGUGAGCAGAGACAGGACUGUGUCAUUGGCUAUGCUUUCUCAACUCCUGGCCAAGCUAAUAGUGCCAUGGGCUCGGCUACAUGCCCGGGACCUGCAGUGUUUCCUGCUUCCGUAUCAGAGACAGCAUACCAGUACAUCCAAUCGGUUGGUCAGGGUUCCUCAUCAGGUACGUCUCUCACUCGGCUGGUGGACUUCAUCAGCUAUUCACAAGGGGACCCUGUUCAAGGAGCCCAGUCGAGUUCAGGUGACCACAGACGCAAGUCUCUGGUUGGGGGGCACAUCUCCAAUCCCAGAUAGCUCAGGGUCAUUGGUCACAAACAGACCUCAAACACAGUAUAAACUGGUUAGAGCUCAGGGCAAUAGAUCUAGAUCUCCAAAAAUUUCACACUGUAGUCAGGGGCCAGCAUGUACUGGUCCGAACAGACAAUGUGGCUGCAAAAGCUCAUGUAAAUCGGCAAGGGGGCACCCGGUCCAAAUCCCUCAUGACGGAGGCUGGAGCAUUGAGCUCAUGGGCAGAGAAACAUCUGCUCUUCAUCAGGGCUGAGCAUAUCUCGGGAGAGGCAAAUCGACAGGCAGACUUUCUCAGCAAGUCAAUAGUGGGUCAUUCGGAGUGGAUGUUACAUCCAGAUAUCUUCAGGGAGAUAUCGGACCAAUUUGGUCGUCCGAUCGUGGACCUGUUUGCCUCCCCGGGGAAUGCUCAGCUGCCCAGAUUCUUUUCUCGGUUCCCCUCCCGGGGAGCAGAGGGGACGGAUGUGCUGUGCAGCAGGUGGCCACAAGGUCUGUUGUAUGCCCAUUGCCUCUGCUUCCAGCAGUAAUCAGGAAAAUACUGGAGGAGCAGGCGGAAGUGGUCUUCAUCGCUCCUUACUGGCCCAUGAGACCAUGGUUCGCGGAUCUGGUGAGUCUUUCAUACUCAGCCCCGUGGAGGAUUCUCGACAACCAAAAACGGCUGACACGGGGAUCUCCAACAUCCAGACCCCCAAUGGCUUCAAUUGACUGCCUGGCACUUGAACACCUCACCCUGACUAGGGAGUCUUAUUCAGCGGAGAUGAUCGCUAUGAUCCAGGCGGCCAGGAGACUGGCAACGAACCGCAUUUAUGACCAUACGUGGAAGACUUUCUGUCACUGGUGCAACAAGAAUCACGUUAUUGCUGUGGUUAUGGACACCUUCACAGAUAUGGACAUCUUCACUGACCUUCAGGAAGCUUGUAAGAAGAGGCUGGUUCCUGUGUAUAUACUUCUGGAUCAGAAUUUUCUCUGCCAUUUCUUAGAAAUGUGCAAAAACUUGGAAUUCUACCCUGAACAGGAAAAUUUAAUGAGAGUCCGAACUAUUAUUGGAAACACAUAUUAUGCAAGAUCAGGAGCCAAGAUAAUUGGGAGUGUCCAUGAGAAGUUCAUGCUUAUUGAUGGUGUAAGAGUGACUACAGGCACCUACAGCUUCACUUGGACUGAUGGGAAGCUGAACAGCAGUAAUUUAUUGCUACUCUCAGGCCAAAUAGUGGAACAUUUUGAUUUGGAGUUCCGAAUCCUUUAUGCGCAAUCUAAGCCUCUUAAUUCAAAGCUGCCUCAAAGCUGCAGGACUAAUAUUUGCCAUGAGCAUCUAGUCAAUAAACUAACACCAUGCAAAGAUUUCACUGUGGGUAACCUUCUGAGAGCUGAAUUUGCUAGGCUCUCAAGCUCCCCCAAGAAACUUGAAAGAGAAAUAGAACAGGUGAAAGAGCUCCAAGGGGGGCGAAUGAGUGCUAAACGGCCACACCUUUGUGGUGAAGAGCAAUGGCAUAGUGGUUCUGAAAUCCUAACAAAACCUAAGGAGACAAACAGCCAGUCCACUCAGACUGAAACUUUAGACGAGAAGCGAGCAACAACAUUCAUAAAUUGUGCCACACAAACUACUACUUCUGUGGUUUCAGCUACCACCCAGACCACUACUCGAUCUAGAAUGGUGGGCACUCAGACGACAGUUGUAUACAAAACUUCUAUGACACAGACUGACAAAAGAGAUAAUGUGGAAGUACCCCUGGCUCAGAGAAUACCUGAUCAGAAGAUUCCUGAUCAAAGAAUGUCCUCUAAAGAAGGGUCUCCUAUUUCUAAAAAGUCCACCUCGACUUCUUCUAGUGCACGAUCACUUUCUUCAUUGUCUUCCCAGUGUUCCCGGGCAAGUUCUACUGGUUCACUAACAUCCCUUAGGUCUAUUGACUAUUCUGUCAAUCAUCGGGGAGAUUAUUUCCGCAAACUAAACAAGGAGAGGGAAUUUCACUAUUCUGUCAUUCGAUCCAAGCUUAACCAUAUGGUUUCCAUGCUGUCUAGGAGGGGAAAUGCGGCUGAAAAUUACAGAGGUUGCCAUCCAUUGAGAUGUAACUUAAAACCUAGACAACAGAUUAGCACAAGCCUAAUAAAUCUUAGAGACUUUGCACUGUAUACUUCAAGUGACUGCUUCUGAGAAAUGCAGAAGGAGGGAGCUGUUAUAUACAUAGUUGUUAGAAGGAGAUGCUUCUCUUAAACUGCCCACUUCUGUAGUAUUACAAGACUUGAACGAGGCAGGAAAAAAAUCCCCUUGUGUGCAGCAGAGCCAAUAGGUGGAUCUACCUUAAGAGUACAAAAGAAGGCACUCUUAUUUUAUUCUAUAGGAUUUGUUUUAGGUACACCUGUUGCCUAACCUUUUGCCAGGCUUUGUACUUCAGCCUGUUUAUUUUAUGGUACUUUAUGAAUAUUUGGGGAGAAGGGGGAUUGAAUAUUUUUGUCAAUGCAAUUUCUCUAAAAUUUCCAAAAUAAAUUAUCCAAGACUACAAUUCAGUCAAGCUAAGCCACCUCUCAAGCCUCAUAAUAGUUCAUCUGCUAAAUAUGGCCUUGCCUUUAAUAAAAGUAUGGCAAAUUUUCCACAUGUCUCUUGCUAAUCUCAUGCUACAGUUACACAUAUUGUGUUGAUGAACUGAAUAAAAAACAUUUAUUUGCAACCAUGGAUUUUAGCAAAAUAGGUUGA